GCGGGGCGUGAGUGUAAAGGAUUACCCAAUCAUCACGCCUGAUACUGGAUUUCUCUGAAUACGGGUGGGAAGAAUAUCGCGUUUUAAACUCAUUGCUAAGUGAGUGGAGUAGGAUUGCGCUGUUCUGGUCCAGAAGGCCAAAUAGCGUCAAGCGUCAUGUUGCGUUUGCCAGCCGUUGGUCGGGCCCUGGCCGGGGCAGCACACUGCAAAGGAAACCUCAACACGUCUAGCAAUGUAAGGACCUCAAUCCGGGCCUCGAGUAACCUGGUUGAGGUGUUUGUAGAUGGAAAGCCUGUGAUGGUGGAACCCGGGACGACUGUACUUCAGGCAUGCGAGAAAGUUGGAGUGCAGAUUCCUCGGUUCUGCUACCACGAGCGUCUGUCUGUGGCUGGAAACUGUCGCAUGUGUCUGGUGGAGAUCGAACGAGCACCAAAGCCGGUCGCAGCGUGUGCUAUGCCAGUCAUGAAAGGCUGGAACAUACUGACGAACUCUGAGAAGACACGGAAAGCCAGAGAGGGAGUCAUGGAGUUCCUGCUUGCCAAUCACCCUCUUGAUUGUCCUAUCUGCGACCAGGGAGGAGAGUGCGACCUGCAGGAUCAGUCAAUGAUGUUCGGUUCGGACCGAAGUCGUUUCACAGAGGACAAGAGAGCUGUAGAGGACAAAAACAUUGGCCCUCUCAUCAAAACAAUCAUGACACGCUGCAUUCAGUGUACACGCUGUGUUCGCUUCGCUAGUGAGAUCGCUGGUGUGGAGGAUCUGGGCACUACAGGACGUGGCAACAGUAUGCAGAUUGGCACUUAUGUAGAGAAAAUGUUCAUGUCCGAGCUCUCCGGGAACGUGAUCGACGUGUGUCCUGUCGGAGCUCUGACAUCGAAACCGUACGCUUUCACAGCCCGACCUUGGGAGACCAGAAAGACAGAAUCUAUUGACGUGCUUGACGCGGUGUGUUCUAAUAUCGUGGUGAGCACAAGAGGUGGAGAGGUAAUGAGGAUUCUGCCUCGUCUUAACGAGGAAAUAAACGAGGAGUGGAUCUCAGACAAAACCAGGUUUGCAUAUGACGGACUGAAGAGGCAGCGCCUGACCCAGCCCAUGGCCAAGAAUGCCAGUGGUCAGCUGGUACCCACUUCCUGGGAGGACGUUCUCACUCGUGUAGCUGGCGUGCUCCAGGGAGUCCAGGGAUCUGAGAUUGCAGCUAUAGCUGGUGGGUUGGUAGAUGCAGAAUCUCUGAUAGCCUUGAAAGACCUGCUGAACAAACUGGACAGUGAAAUUCUCUGUACCGAGGAGAUCUUCCCUAUUGCUGGUGCUGGGACCGACCUGCGCUCGAAUUACCUGCUGAACACUCGUAUUGCAGGCAUCGAAGAGUGCGAUCUCCUGCUUCUGAUAGGAACAAACCCACGCUUCGAGGCUCCCCUUUUCAAUGCACGUAUCCGCAAGAGUUGGCUCCAUAAUGAGUUGCAAGUCGCUGUGGUGGGUCAUAAAGUGGAUCUUAGCUAUUCGUACAACCACCUGGGUGAUUCCACUCGGGUGCUGGAGGAGAUCGCUGCCGGAACCCAUCCUUACUGUCAGGUGCUGGCCCAGGCUAAGCGGCCAGUAGUGAUGGUUGGAAGCUCAUGUCUUCAGAGGGCUGAUGGUGCUGCCAUCUUAAGUGCUGUGUCCACAAUCGCUCAGAAUGCCCGUGUCAGCAGUGGGGUUGAUGAAGGAUGGAAGGUCCUUAAUGUCCUACACAGAGUGGCCAGUCAAGUAGCAGCACUGGAUCUGGGUUAUAAGCCUGGUGUUGAGGCAAUCAGGAAGAACCCUCCAAAAGUUCUGUUCCUGCUGGGAGCAGAUGCUGGCUGCAUUACCAGAGCAGACCUGCCCAAAGACACCUUCAUUAUCUAUCAGGGUCACCAUGGUGAUGUGGGAGCCACCAUGGCUGACAUCAUCCUGCCCGGUGCAGCAUAUACAGAGAAGGACGGUACUUACGUAAAUACAGAGGGGCGUGCCCAGCAAACCAGGGUGGCAGUUACCCCACCUGGUAUGGCUCGCGAUGACUGGAAGAUCCUUCGGGCCGUCUCUGAGAUGGCUGGAGUCCCUCUGCCCUAUGAGACAUUAGAUGAGGUGAGGAAUAGACUGGCAGAAGUGGCACCCAACCUGGUGCGUUAUGAUGACGUAGAGGAAGCAAACUACUUCAAACAGGCUAAUGAACUUGCUACGGGUAUAAAUCAGUCCCUGCUUGCGGAGCCUCUUGUUCCUCCUCAGCUUUCAGUGAAAGAUUUCUACAUGACAGACUCCAUCAGCAGGGCCUCCCAGACAAUGGCGAAGUGUGUAAAGGCGGUGACUGAGGGAGCAGCAGCAGUAGAGGAGCCUGCAAUCUGCUGAAACGCACAUAUCCAUUAACAUUUGUCUAAAAAAAAUUGAACGAAUUUAACCAAUCAAGGCCACACCUACAGCGGACAAAAAUCUCGCUCCUAUUUAAAUGUACGCGUUUUGUUUCUCGCACCGAGCUCGAACUGCUUUGUUGUCUAAAGCUCAUAAUGAAUAAAGUUGUAUGAUGUA